UCCUCACCCCUCCUCGAGCCCCUCGGCUCCUGGCACCCGGAGAGGGAUGGCAGCAGGGGCGGCAUGAGGGACAGAGAGGGACUGACAGCAAGUGCCCUUUCUGCAGGAUGCACGGAGAGGAAUGAAAACCACCCGAGCUCCUUCUUCCUCUGGGUGUUUGGGAGCAGAUCCUGCCUGCCUGGCGGGGUGACUCCUCUGCACUGUCUGUGCGCGUUCCUGUGCGUGUGCUGCUGCCAUCGCAGAUGUACCCCCAGCUGUCACUUCACCGCGCACAGUCGCUCCCUCUCCCGCCUCUCUCUCUCCUUCUCUCUCCCCCUAUUUAUUAUUUACGGAGGAUUACAGUCCCUUUCCCACGCUGUCAUCUCGCUGAGCGGCUCCCCUGCCCUCCACGCGUGGCAAGCGGCUGGCUAGGGAGGGCUCCUGCCAGCUAGGGUCCAGAACAGGGGCACUUUCUGCUGGAUUUGCUUUGGGAUUGUACCGGCUUCAGAGAGCUGGGAGAGCUGCCAUUCUCACAGGAGGGUCCAUUCCAGCCCGAGAGAGUCUCCCCCGCCUCAGGUCCUUCCUUAUCCUUCUCCUCCGAGGCUCGCUCGCUCUUCAGCUCCUGCAGUUGCUGCAGUGGGAAAUCCCCAAGCUGAAGCUGUGCUGCUCUAGCCACCACAUCCAUUUUACCUUAAAACAGACAGGAAGUGCUGGACCUGGCAGGCAGGCUACAAGGUCAUUCCUUCUCCCUCUGGGGCCGUGGGCCAGGCUGCCUGUUGGAUGUGAAGACACGCUGGAGAAGACCAUGAUGCUGCCUGCAAGUGCUGGCCACCGGUGGAGGAGCAGGUUCCUCAUGAGGUGGCAGGAGGCUUGUCUGCUUGGCUGCUGGCUCUCACUAUGUGCUGCUGACUCCUUCUUUGCUUGCCCUUCCUCCUGCAAGUGUAACAGUGGCAACCUGGAAGUGGACUGUAGUGGCUUGGGCCUCUCUUCCAUUCCCUCAGACAUCCCCACAAACACCAGGACCUUCCUCUUUCUCAACAACAAACUCAGCAUCCUGCCAGGAGCAGUGUUUUCCAACCUCUCCGCUCUGCAGAGGUUGGAUCUAUCCAACAACUUCUUGGACCAGCUCCCUCAGAACAUCUUCAGCGACCUGGGGAACCUCACAGAGCUCCAGCUGAGGAACAACAGCAUCCGGGCCUUGGACAAGGACCUGCUCCAGCACACGGCCCUGCUGCGCCAGCUGGAUCUCUCCAUCAACGGCUUGGCCCAGAUCCCCUCGGGCAUCUUUGACGACCUGCCUGCUCUCCGCUCCCUCUCCCUCAGGUCCAACCGCCUGCAGAGCCUGGACAGGGUGACCUUUGAGCCUCUAACCAGCCUGCAGCAGCUCCAGGUUGGGGAUAACCCCUGGGAAUGCGACUGCAAUCUCCGAGACUUCAAGCACUGGAUGGAGUGGUUCUCCUACCGAGGUGGGAAAAUCGACCAGCUGGCCUGCACCUUGCCCAAGGAGCUGAAAGGAAAGGACAUGCGCAUGGUGCCCAUGGAGAUGUUCAACUACUGCUCCCAGCUGGAUGACGAGAACAGCUCUACAGUGCUGGACAAUACUGGCCCACCUUGCACUAAAGGAAGCCCUGCUCCUUCCAAAUCUAAAUCAGGCCCAGAAACAGAAGUGGAGCCCAGUGUGGGAUGCCCUCAGAAACAGCGGUACAGGCCUGUGAGCGUGCGCCGGGCUAUUGGCACUGUGAUCAUUGCAGGGGUGGUUUGUGGCAUCGUUUGCAUCAUGAUGGUGGUGGCAGCUGCCUAUGGCUGCAUCUAUGCCUCCCUCAUGGCCAAGUACCACAGGGAGCUGAAGAAGAGGCAGCCACUCAUGGGUGACACAGAAGGUGAACAUGAAGAACAAAAACAAAUCUCUUCUGUGGCGUGAAACUGUUCUAGGAAGGAAGGGACAGCGAUGAAAAAAGGUACCUGAGAGCAGUCAAGCAUGGGGUCCUCCCAAAAUACAUCUUCCCAGACAGACUGUGCUAUUGCUCCACUCACCCAAGUAGUACAACAUGCUUCUGGGGGGUCAGGGCACCUGGCUCAAUUUCUUUUCCUCUGCCCCAGGCCCAUUUUGUGCCCUUUCACCCUUGGGCCCCCAGACAAAUAAAGUAGAGUCAGACCUCGA